AUGACCUGCCCGAUCCGGGAAAGACCAGGGCUAGAUGCCAAGGAAGUGACAUCGCCGAAUUCAUUACAUGAGCUGUCUUCGAAGGAAAAUACGAAUUGUGUAGAACAAAUUAGAAUGUACGGUCGCCUGUUUCGCAAGAUCACUCUUCUUUCGCGGGUUCGAUAUUUCUGUUAUUUUGACGAGGAUCCAUGCUUAACUGUCCCGGAACCGAUGGCUUUUAAUAUUGAGCAGGAGUGCAAUCAAGAUGCGGGAAACAAGAUGUCUAAUAUCCAGGCCAUGGAUGUCGAAGGCAUAUUCACCCGUGAUGUCGACACCCGAGGCGAUACGUGGAGCUGGUGUUUCAAGGAAAGAAAGACAGCAUCGCCAUCCUCCAGUCAAUCGGGAGAUGCAGUGCACUCGGCUCCUAGUAUUGCCCAUAGUUCCCAGUCCUCUAAGUUGCAUCGACAAAGGAAACGCACACCGUACUCUACCGAAGAAGAAAAACUCCUUAUUGAUCUGAAAAGGAAACAGAAUCUCCCAUGGCGCGAAAUCGCAAAGCAUUUUCCAGGAAGAAAGACAAGUACACUGCAAGUUCAUUAUUCCACGAAACUGAAGGAUCGGGAGGUAGGAACCUCUAAGGCGAAUCACGACCACGGAGAUGAAUUCUGCACUGUGAACCCGUCCCUUCAAUCCACCGAAGAUAACACUCCCCGUCAGCGGUAUGGGUUGCGUUCGAAUAGACGCUCACAAGGUCGCUUUGCUUCAGAGUAG